AGGGUUCCCCGUCCGCCCCUCCCGCUGCCCCAGCGCCAGGCCCACCUCCCCCCGGCCCGCCGGCCGCCCCCGGGGGCGCCGCCCGCAGCCAUGGGCGACCUGGCGAACAGCGCGGUGGAUUUCUACCCCAAGAGCCAGCGGCGGGAGCUGGACCAUGCGGGUGGCCUGGGCUGCACCCUGCCCGAGCUGCGGGGCCUCAUGGAGCUGCGCGGGGCCGAGGCCUUGCAGAAGAUCCAGGACGGCUACACCAACGUGAGGGGGCUCUGCCGCCGCCUCAAGACCUCCCCGACCGAAGGCCUGUCGGACAACGCGGCCGACCUGGAGAAGCGACGGCAGAUCUACGGCCAGAACUUCAUCCCGCCCAAGCAGCCCAAGACCUUCCUGCAGCUGGUGUGGGAGGCUCUGCAGGACGUGACCCUGAUCAUCCUGGAGAUCGCGGCCAUCAUCUCCCUGGGGCUGUCCUUCUACGCCCCGCCAGGAGAGGGGAGCGAAGCCUGCGGGAACCUGGCAGCGGGGGCGGAGGACGAGGGCGAGGCAGAGGCCGGCUGGAUCGAGGGGGCGGCCAUCCUGCUCUCCGUCGUCUGCGUGGUGCUGGUCACGGCCUUCAACGACUGGAGCAAGGAGAAGCAGUUCCGGGGGCUCCAAAGCCGCAUCGAGCAGGAGCAGAAAUUCGCCGUCGUCCGCAACGGGCAGCAGGUCCAGAUCCCCGUGGCCGAGCUGGUGGUGGGAGACAUCGCCCAGAUCAAAUACGGCGACCUGCUGCCGGCUGACGGGGUUCUGAUCCAGGGGAACGACCUGAAGAUUGACGAGAGCUCCCUGACCGGGGAAUCGGACCACGUGCGGAAAUCGGUGGAGAAAGAUCCCAUGCUGCUCUCAGGCACUCACGUCAUGGAAGGCUCGGGGCGGAUGGUCGUCACGGCCGUCGGGGUGAACUCCCAGACUGGGAUCAUCUUCACCUUGCUGGGAGCCAGUGGGGAGGAAGAGGAGAAGAAGGAUAAGAAAGCCAAGAAGCAGGACGGGGCGGUGGCGAUGGAGAUGCAGCCGCUGAAGAGCGCCGAGGGUGGCGAGAUGGAGGAUCGGGAGAAGAAGAAAACCAGUGUGUCCAAGAAAGAGAAAUCCGUGCUGCAGGGCAAGCUCACCAAGCUGGCUGUGCAGAUUGGGAAAGCAGGUCUGGUGAUGUCGGCCAUCACCGUGAUCAUCCUGGUGCUGUACUUCGUGAUCCAGACCUUCGUGUUGGACGGGCGGGUCUGGCUGGCCGAGUGCACCCCCGUCUACGUCCAGUACUUCGUCAAGUUCUUCAUCAUCGGCGUCACCGUGCUGGUGGUGGCCGUGCCCGAGGGGCUGCCCCUGGCUGUCACCAUCUCCCUGGCCUACUCCGUCAAGAAAAUGAUGAAGGACAAUAACCUGGUGCGGCACCUGGACGCCUGCGAAACCAUGGGCAACGCCACGGCCAUCUGCUCCGACAAGACGGGCACCCUCACCACCAACCGCAUGACGGUCGUGCAGGCCUACCUGGGCGACACCCACUACCGCGAGACGCCCGCCCCCAGCAGCCUGGCGCCCCGCAUCCUCGACCUGCUGGUGCAUGCCAUCGCCAUCAACAGUGCUUACACCACCAAAAUACUACCUCCAGAGAAGGACGGGGGCCUGCCGCGGCAGGUGGGCAACAAGACGGAGUGCGCCCUGCUGGGCUUCCUGCGGGACCUGCACCGCGACUACCAGGCCGUGCGCGACCAGCUGCCGGAGGAGAAGCUCUACAAGGUCUAUACGUUCAACUCGGUCCGCAAGUCCAUGAGCACUGUCACCCGCCUGCCGCAGGGCGGCUUCCGUGUCUUCAGCAAGGGCGCCUCCGAGAUCCUGCUCAAAAAGUGCUCCAACAUCCUGAGCAGCACUGGGGAGGUGCGCAGCUUCCGCCCGCGGGACCGGGACGAGAUGGUGAAGAAGGUGAUCGAGCCCAUGGCGUGCGAGGGGCUGCGCACCAUCUGCCUGGCCUUCCGGGACUUCGCCGCCGGCCCGGAGCCCAACUGGGAGAACGAGAACGACAUCGUGGGCGAGCUCACCUGCAUCGCCGUGGUCGGCAUCGAGGACCCCGUCCGGCCCGAGGUCCCCGAGGCCAUCUGCAAAUGCCAGAAGGCCGGGAUCACUGUCCGGAUGGUGACGGGUGACAACAUCAACACGGCCCGGGCCAUCGCCGUCAAGUGCGGGAUCCUCCAGCCUGGGGAGGACUUCCUGUGCCUGGAGGGGAAGGACUUCAACCGGCGCAUCCGCAACGAGAAGGGAGAGAUUGAGCAGGAGCGACUGGAUAAGAUCUGGCCCAAGCUGAGGGUCCUGGCCCGAUCGUCCCCCACUGAUAAACACACCCUGGUGAAAGGCAUCAUCGACAGCACCAUCGGGGAGCAGCGGCAGGUCGUGGCCGUGACGGGGGACGGCACGAACGACGGGCCGGCGCUCAAGAAGGCCGACGUCGGCUUUGCUAUGGGCAUCGCCGGCACCGACGUCGCCAAGGAGGCCUCGGACAUCAUCCUGACCGACGACAACUUCUCCAGCAUCGUCAAGGCGGUGAUGUGGGGCCGCAACGUCUACGACAGCAUCUCCAAGUUCCUGCAGUUCCAGCUCACCGUCAACGUGGUGGCCGUGGUGGUGGCCUUCACCGGCGCCUGCAUCACCCAGGACUCCCCGCUCAAGGCGGUGCAGAUGCUGUGGGUCAAUCUCAUCAUGGACACCUUCGCCUCCCUGGCGCUGGCCACCGAGCCGCCCACCGAGGCCCUGCUGCUCCGCAAGCCCUACGGGCGCGACAAGCCCCUCAUCUCCCGCACCAUGAUGAAGAACAUCGUGGGCCACGGCGUCUACCAGCUCGGCAUCAUCUUCACCCUGCUCUUCGCCGGGGAGAUUUUCUUCGACAUCGACAGCGGGCGGAACGCCCCCCUGCACGCGCCCCCCUCGGAGCAUUACACCAUCAUCUUCAACACCUUCGUCCUGAUGCAGCUUUUCAACGAGGUGAACGCCCGCAAGAUCCACGGCGAGCGCGACGUCUUCCGGGGCGUCUCCGGGAACCCCAUCUUCUGCGCCAUCGUGCUGGGCACCUUCGCCAUCCAGAUCGUCAUCGUGCAGUUCGGGGGGAAGCCAUUCAGCUGCUCGCCCCUCGACGCCGAGCAAUGGCUCUGGUGCCUCUUCGUGGGGGUCGGCGAGCUCGUGUGGGGACAGCUGAUCGCCACCAUCCCCACCAGCCACCUGAAAUGCCUGAAGGAGGCAGGGCAUGGGCCCGGCAAGGACGAGAUCACGGAUGAGGAGAUGGCAGAGGACGAGGAGGAGAUAGACCACGCCGAGCGGGAGCUGCGCCGCGGCCAGAUCCUCUGGUUCCGUGGCCUCAACCGCAUCCAGACCCAGAUGGAAGUAGUUAGCACCUUCAAGAGAAGCGGCUCCUUUCAGGGGGCUGUGCGGCGCCGCUCCUCGGUCCUCAGCCAGCUGCACGAAGUAACCAAUCUUUCUACCCCUACUCACGUAAUUCUCUCCGCUGGCAAUCCCACUUCUGCCACCAUCGGGAAAGCGCAUGGUGACAGGCCUAGGCCGGCGAGGGAAGCGGUGACCGUCGCUCCCUUCCCCGGGUGGAGCCCCGGCGUCCUGGGGGGCAGAAAUACCAAGUAAGGGGGCUGCGGGGUUUGCUGCGGCCGGGGAGGGACGGCCUCUCAGUCCCGCCUUCUCCUGUGGCUCGAUGUCGUCCUUUCGCGCCCCGCUCCCCGCAGGGUAAGCCUUCGAGUAUGAGCCCGCCCGACUUCUUGCUCUCGACGCUUUUUUCCCCGAUCUCGAUCUCUCGCUGCUUUUUCUCUCCACACAGCUCUGUGUCCUGUUCGCCUCUGCCCCCCGCCCCGCGCAUCCCUCCUACCAGCACCCCCCCCGCCGGCGCCCAGUGGGGUCUUGACGAAGGCUGUGUUUCUUUUAGGAACUGAUCAGCGGCCGAGCGGCCUGGCAGGGUCAUUUCAGGAGCGAUUGGAAACCGAAUACGAACCCUUCCCCUGCCCUGGCCCCUCCAGCAUACAAGAGGGGGUGGGGAUCAGGGAGGGAACCUGGCUGUAACGUCCCCCUGUCCCCUGCCAAGCAGGGCCGGGCUCAAAGCAACGUUGAUUUCAGGUCCAGCCCUUCGUAACCACCGUGGGGUCAAGCCGGGUGGGGACUGAGCUUGGCCACGGGCACGGGGCUCAGACCGGGAGCUCUCCCAGGCGCACGUGCAGCGCCUUGCACAACGGGGUCCCUGUCGCACCAGGAGCGCUACCGACCCCUCGUAGCCAAGAUCGGGGGCCCCUGUCGUACAGGGCGCUGAACGGCCCCCGCCCUCGAGAGCUCACCCCCUGAACAAACAAAGGCAGGGUCAUUGGCUCCAUUUCCCAGACCGGGAAACUCCAGAUCAGCGGGGGGGAGCUGCCACCUUACGGUGUGCAAAAGAAAAGCCCCCUAACCCUACACAAAUACACACCCAUGAGCAAGCUCCCCCGCUCCCUCCCUCCCGGGAUUCCGCCUCCCAUUUCAAAACUGUCGCCAGCCGCAGCCUGAAAUGAACCCCAGACGCUCCCC